CACCACGAGCCGCCUCGCCCGCUGAUUGGCCGGAGGAGACCUGGUCUCAUUGACAACAAACCGAGGAAGCGCGCGGCCCUGGCGCCUGGCACGCAGGUGGGGGCGGGGCUGGGGCUGGCCUAAGAUGGAGGCGGCAGCGGCGGCGGGUGCUGGGAACCUGGGCUGAGGCGGUGCCCAGGCGGGGGCGGGCUCGUGCGCGGAGCCGGGAUGGAGACCCGCGAGCUGGGUAUGGAAGCCAUGGAGACCCUGACCGAGCUGGGGGACGAGCUCACGCUGGGAGACAUCGACGAGAUGCUGCAGUUCGUCAGCAACCAGGUCGGGGAGUUUCCGGAUCUGUUUUCAGAGCAGUUAUGUGGCACCUUCCAGAGCAGUGGUGGAGGUAGUGCUGGUGGAACCUUGGACCAUCCACUGCAGAGCUCAUACAGCCAGGCACAGCUGCAGUCCUUCCCAUCCACCGCUGCCUCUCCCCAACUCCAGCCUGUGCAAGUCAAAGUGCCCCAGGCAACAGCACCUGCCCCUCAGCGAUCUGCACCCCUCCUUCAGCCUCGUCCCCAGCUCCAGCCCCAGCUCCAACAGCAGACUGUGAUGAUUACUCCAACUUUCAGCUCUGCUCCCCAGACCAGGUUCAUUCAGCAACCGCUAAUAUACCAGAAUGCAGCCACGAGUUUUCAAGUGCUUCAGCCUCAAGUUCAGAGUCUGGUGACGUCCUCCCAAGUUCAGCCAGUGACCAUCCAGCAGCAGGUGCAGACUGUGCAGGCUCAGAGGGUGUUCACGCAGGCUGCCAAUGGCACCAUCCAAACGCUAACCCCUGCCACAGUCCAGACAGUAGCUGCUCCUCAGGUCCAGCAAGUUCCAGUCCUGGUCCAGCCUCAGAUCAUAAAGACAGAUUCUCUUGUCUUGACAACUUUGAAGGCAGAUGGCAAUCCAGUUAUGGCUGCAGUUCAUAAUCCGGCCCUCACUACACUGACCACCCCUAUUCAGACAACGGCACUGCAGACCUUGGUUGGCAGCAAUGGGACCAUUUUGACCACGAUGCCCAUGGUGAUGGGACAGGAAAAGAUGCCCAUCAAACAGGUGCCUGGUGGGGUCAAGCAGCUGGAACCGCCCAAAGAAGGAGAGAGGAGGACGACCCAUAACAUAAUUGAGAAGCGCUACCGGUCAUCUAUAAAUGACAAGAUCAUUGAGCUGAAGGACCUGGUCAUGGGAACAGAUGCCAAGAUGCACAAAUCUGGAGUACUGAGGAAGGCCAUUGAUUACAUUAAAUACCUACAGCAGGUCAACCAUAAGCUGAGACAGGAGAACAUGGUUCUGAAGCUGGCUAACCAGAAAAACAAGCUGCUGAAGGGCAUUGACCUGAGCAGUCUCGUGGACAACGAUGUGGACCUGAAAAUGGAUGACUUCAACCAAAAUGUUCUCUUGAUGUCUCCCCCGGCCUCUGACUCGGGGUCUCAGGAGGGCUUCUCCCCCUAUUCCAUUGACUCUGAGCCAGGAAGCCCGCUCCUGGAUGAUGCAAAGGUUAAAGACGAACCCGACUCUCCCCCUGUGGCCCUUGGCAUGGUGGAUCGCUCUCGAAUACUUCUCUGUGCUCUCACAUUCCUCUGCCUCUCCUUCAACCCUCUGACAUCCCUCCUGGAGGGCCGAGGGAUGCCCGAAUCAGACAGCCCUAUACACCAUGGCUCUGGAAGGAAUGUGCUGGCCUUCGAGUCAGGUGCUGGCGGCUGGUUUGGCUGGAUGAUGCCCACUUUGCUCUUGUGGCUGGUGAAUGGUGUAAUUGUCCUGAGUGUGUUUAUAAAGCUCCUUGUGCAUGGGGAGCCGGUGACCCGGCUGCACUCCCGCUCGUCUGUAAUGUUCUGGCGGCAUCGCAAGCAGGCUGACCUGGAUUUGGCAAGGGGAGAUUUUGCAGCAGCUGCAUCAAAUCUGCAGAUCUGCCUGUCAGUUCUGGGCCGAGCGCUGCCUGCGUCCCGCUUGGACUUGGCCUGCAGCUUGUCCUGGAACGUGAUCCGCUACAGUCUGCAGAAGCUGGGGCUGGUUCGCUGGCUACUGAAGAGGACUUCACGGCGACAGCGAGCAAGAGAGGCUGCUGCUGGUUUUGAGGAUGAGGCCAAGACCAGUGCUCGGGAUGCAGCUCUGGCAUAUCACAAGCUCCAUCAGCUCCACAUCACAGGUAAACUUCCAUCCAGCUCGGCCUACUCAGGUUUGCACAUGGCCCUGUGCGCUGUGAAUCUGGCUGAGUGUGCGGAGGAGAAGAUCCCACCCAGCAUGAUGGCAGAGAUCCACCUGACUGCUGCUGUCGGCCUGAAAACCCGCUGCGGAGGCAAGCUGGGCUUCCUGGCGGGUUAUUUCUUAAAUAAGGCCCAGAGCCUGUGUAGCUCAGAGCGGAGCGCCAUUCCCGACUCCCUGCGCUGGCUGUGUCACCCACUGGGACAGAGGUUUUUUGUGGAACGGAGCUGGACUGUGAAAUCUGCUACAAAGGAGAGUCUAUACUGUGCCCCGAGGAACCCAGCUGAUCCCAUAGCCCAGGUUCACCAGGCAUUCUGUGAGAAUCUGUUGGAGAGAGCUGUGGAUUCCCUUGUGAAGCCUCAGGCCAGGAAAGGGGCUGCGGGACAGGAGGAGGAGGAGCCGGAGCCCUGCGAAUUCUCUAGUGCUUUGGAGUACCUGAAAUUAGUCAACUCCUUUGUGGACUCCAUGGGAAGCGGGACUCCACCUUUCAAUAGCAGUUCGGUCCUGAAGUUGGCCCUGGGCCCUGAUUUGGUGUGCAGAUGGUGGUCAGCGGCAAUCGGCAUGGCAAUCAGUUGGCUCAGAGGGGACGAUGCAGGCGUGAGGUCACGUUUCACAGAAGUGGAGCGCAUGCCCAAAUCUCUGGAGAUGUCAGAGAACGCCCUGGUGAAAGCGAUCUUCCAUGUUUGCAAAGCCAUGCAGGCCUCUCUGUCGGGGAAGGCAGAUGGGCAGCAGAGCUCCUUUGGUCACUGCGAGAGGGCCAGCACCCACCUGUGGAACAGCCUGAACAUGAGCAGUGGUGUGUCUAACGCUGGCCUCAACAAUAUGAUCCAGCUGCUGACUUGUGACUUGCUGCUCUCGCUCCGCACGAUGCUGUGGCAGAAGCAGGCGAACUCAAGCCAGGCCCUGGGUGAGACCUACCACGCCUCGGCCUCUGAGCUGACGGGUUUCCAGCGAGACCUCAGCAGCUUGCGCAAACUGGCCCAUGGCUUCAGGCCCGCUUAUCGCAAGGUGUUCCUGCAUGAGGCUACUGUGCGUUUGAUGGCAGGCGCCAGCCCCACCCGCACCCACCAGCUGCUGGAGCACAGCUUGAGGCGAUGCACCGCCCAGAGCGGCAAAAAAGGUGAGCUGGACAUUCUGCCAGGACAGAGAGAGCGAGCCACGGCGAUUCUCCUGGCCUGCCGCCACCUUCCCCUCUCCUUCCUCUCGUCCCCGGGCCAGCGAGCGGUCCUGCUGGCAGAAGCGGCCCGCACUCUGGAGAAAGUGGGGGACAAGCGCUCCUGCAACGACUGCCAGCAAAUGAUUGUCAAACUGAGUGGGGGCACCGCUAUCGCCGCCUCCUAGCCCAGGGGCCGUGUGGCCAAAGCUAGCCUUGUGAGCCGUCAGACUGGACUCUCCCCCCAUUAUCCUCCCUCUUUAGAGCAGACCGUUCUAGAUUAGGGCCAUGCAAGUGGAAUCACUUGGGCCAGAGAGGGCUCUGGACUAGCCCAGGGUUAGCUUUCCUAGCCAUUGGCUGUGUUCAGGCCUGGUGGCAGGACUGGAAUCUGGCUGGUGCCGUUCUAGUCUGUGUAACCAGGCCAGCAGCUCCCCCACUCCCUUGCCCCUCACUGGGGUAAGAGAGGCAAUGCCGGUUCAGGAGGAGGGGUCAGCAAGCCCUGAGGACAGAAAAGUGCCAUUUCCUGGUGCUGGGUGGGUCUGUGUUCCGGGGACUGCUUUCCCCUCCCUCCUCUUCCAGACCGCCCGGGGGUGGGUAGGGGAGCCACCCCCCCCCCCCCCCCCCCCCCGCCCCACACAAGACAAAACCAGCAUCUCAGGCAACUCUCUACCUGCAGGCUGGCUGCUCCGGGCUGGCUGGAAUGGGGAGGGGAGAGUACUAGCACUCUCCUCAAGGCGGGAUUCACUAAGCUGUUUUUAUGGGAGCCUUUUUCUAUAGACUCGGUGUGUGUGGGGAGCUCUUCAGGAGGGGUGGUGCUUGGGGCCAGCCCACCCCACCCAGGAAUCUCCCUGUGGUUUUUAUACAGUUUUUUAUAGCGCCGUCUGUGUCUUUACAAAAUGUAGGGAACGGUUUCAGUAGAUUUCUCUUCUCCACACCCCCCGCCCCUUGUGCCUCUCCCCUGUCAGGUCACAGAGCUGCCUCUGUUGGUGGCAAAGUUCUAGUGUAAAUCAGCAUCCAUAUUGAGGGCACAAGGGUGCCUUUUUCUGGGCUGCUCAUGUGGUGAGUGACCUAGGAUGUGCAGAGACCUGGGCUGAGGCGAAGGGAGAGAACGGUCCCUGCUGGGCCCUCUUUGUUGGCACAGAUUAAAAUGGGUUUUAAAAAAAAGGUUUGAUAUUUCAUUACUCAAAAUCCUAGAUCCGGGGUUCCCCCCGCUUCAGGCUGGCUGGAUCCUCGGUGUACUAAUGCCCAGUCCUGUGACUUUGAGAGAGGGUGGGGUAGGGUAGGGGAGUGACCCAGUUUUUCCCUUUUGCUCCGCCGCUCACAUUGCCUCUAUCCAAAGACCAUGUGAAAUCAUUCCUGUUCACACCUGCGAUAUGGAAGCUAGCGCUCGGCAGGAACGCAUUGCUGCUUCUCUCAGUGUGCGUGUGCUGUGUGUAUGUGUAUAGCUAGAACUGCACUGGUACUGGGUACAAUCCUAUCCCGAGCAGGGGCCUGCUGCUCUUUGUUACCCAGAAUGGUGUCUCACUGCAGAAGCAGAACUCGCAUUUUUGUUAGAUUUUGUCUAGAUUUAUUCGGUUUUCUGCAGCAACUGCUGUUGGAGCUUCAGUUACUGCAAAGAAAAGGCUUUUACAAUACACGUGGGACCUUCUGCCGCUGUUUUGCAGCAUGUUCCUGGCGAAGGUUUUUCAAAUGCCACAGAACUAAACACCGUGGGAAUAUUGUCCACUACAGCUUUGCUAAGAUGUAAAUCUUACUGAUGUAAUUCUGCCUGCCAUCAAACCACAUGUUCACAGUGGUUCCAUACUCACCAUUUUUGAACUGCAGGGCAUUCUGGAGGCUGCAGUGAAAUGCCUCCCCCCUGCCUCCGCAUCUCUCUCACCCCUUUUGGGGGACAUUUAAUGGAAGAGUCCUAACUGUAAUUAUUUUCUCAAAUGAAAAUGUCCUUUGUUUCUUGCUGGCGUGUGGGUGGAUGCAUUCAAAGUCUUCACUCAGAACUCCUGCUUCACAUUGGCGUCAGCAGCCCAUGCUAAGUAGGACACUCAGGAGUGGUUUUCUUACCUCUGGUUUCUGGCUCCUGAUAUCUCUGUGUACGAGAGAUGUUCUAAUGCAGAUUGUAUUGGCUGCUUCUGCGUUAAACCCACAUGAGUACAAUCACGUGGUGAUACACGUACCCUGGUAGUUUGGCCCAAGAACAGAUGCUGUUUUUUAUGGCUCAGGACCACAGCUGCUUGGCUUGUCAGAUGGGCCAGAGAUACUGCUUGUUUGUGGAGAGGCUAAUGCCCACCCACCCCUCCAAGGCAGGAUGAAACUAAGACCCUGGUUUCCAAACAAACAACUCCCAUAAAGGCUUCCUGAUCUAAAGCCCCAAGCUUUUUAAUGUUUAAUCUGCCCAUGGCAUCCUCCAUGUCAUUCAAACCUCCACUGACCGGUCUGCAAUGGCAACAGUAGUGUACUAGGGAGGGGAGGAGUUCCACACCCAUCCCUGUUUGUCCAGUAGAGUCAGUCAGAGAGUCUGAGCACUCAUGGGAAGUGGUGAACCUCCUCCUCCCCUGGUCACUUCAUCUGAAGGUGAACAGAACACAGUGCUGGAGCAUUAGCUAGGGGAGUUGGGAUGGACCCCAAGAAGAUGUUGAGGGCAGUACUGAUAGCUUAAGGCUCAGUGCAGGCCGCCCUUGUGCAAAUGGUCCGUGCAUGAUGUUCAUUCUUUACACCUGUGGCACUUCUUCGGGUGUCAGGUUCCUCUCUGUGCCUGUUUGUGUGCUGUUAUUUAUGGACUGGCUGUCUGUAUCCCCCCAUCUUUUUCCGUGUAUACUGUAAUAUUUUUUAUUGGGGUGGGGGCAGUUUAUGGAUGAUGUGAAAAACUGUCUAUUUAUCCAACUGAUAUUAGGAGUGGGACACUUCGCUGUAAAAGAGAUAGCUGGUGAUGGCUUUAGGGAACCAUUUCUGCUCUCUUUGAGAGGUGCCCAGUUAUGUACCCUGUCCCAGGGCUAGAGAGCGACUGUUGCCUAAUAAAGACCGAUGGUACCACCUGG